UCUCAUAAUGUUGAUAUGGCAACUAGUAAACAAACAUCCUGGCAUGUGUGGAAAGAGUUCAAACAUGCGUGUUACAACCAUAGACCGUAUGGUUACCACUAACCCCGCUCAACGCCGUGUCCCGCGCUCCCCCAUACUAAACAUCACUAUACAAUACAUGUCCUUAGAAAAUAUAUGUUGUUUUAAAGAGAAAAAUAUGUAAUUCUAACCACACAAGAUCUCGUUAUUACGAGAAAAUAUUUCGUUAAAACAACAUAGCCUAUCUCGUUAUUACAAGAAAAGGUGUCGUUAAAACUACAACAUCGUUAUUACGACAUAAUUGAGUGAAGAAAAAUAUGUAUGGACCGUAGGUGGCGACAUGUUCACCAUAUAUGAUUCGCCAAUAAACCCAAGAAGAACAAGAAACGAUCGAGUGCGCGUUUUUUUCUCCGAAAGCAAACUUGAGGACGAAGAUCAGAAUGGCGGGGCGACGAGUUUCUGAGCUGCUUAGAGAGGCUGCUGAUAGGCUUGAACAAAUGGAGCAUUCAAAUUCAUCUGGCUCAUCCAUCACUCCAUCAACCACUCCAAUAACCACUCCAUCUGCUACUCCAUCCACUUCAUCUGGCUCUACCCGGGGUGCAUUAGGCACACACCCUGUUGAUGCUGAGGUUACAAGGUUAUUUGCAGCAUACAAUAGCCAAAGCAGGACAAGGCGGCCUGCAAGAAACCCCCGUUCAGUUCACACAUACACACACACAUUUUGCUGCCUUGGGCGUAAAGACACAAGUACUGUCCCAAGUAGGGUUGGCAAAGACCAACUCCUAAGAUCGGGGUUGGGGGACAGGCGCCUAGUCUUUCAAGGUAACCACGACAGUUCAUCAGAGUUCAUGGAGUUCAUUCUUGCAUCUUACCCAAAGCUGAGAGAUGCAGGUGGCUUUGAAUUACUUAAGAUAUCCGGAACUACUCGUAAUCGUCAUCUGUCCUUAAUUCCAUGCCCUAAUCAGGGUUACACUGUUACAUAUCUGAAAGAUCCUGUUCUCCUAGUAAACCACUCUAUAUUUACAUUCGCCCGCUGCAAAGAAAUCUGA